AUGGAGGUUACUCAAUAUCAUCAAAGUUUUAAUGAAGGUUCAAGUUCUAGGGUUUCCAUGAACAAGAACUCACAAGUAAUAUCCAAGAUCAAGCCCAAAAUUCGCAUAAUCCAUAUAUUCGCACCGGAGGUUAUCAAGACCGACGUCAAGAACUUCCGUUCACUUGUCCAGAGUCUAACCGGAAAACCGGCGGCCGGAGAGGCUAAAACCGGUAAAAAGAGAGCCAAACCGAGAAUUCCGACGUCUCAAGAACCGGUUUGCGGAGAUCAUCAGCCGGUUAACAGGCUAUCGGGUUUCACCGGUUUGUUAGCAAACGGAGGAAACAACCAAGUGAAAGAAGAAUGGGGAUCAGGUGAUCAAAGUACUUCGAACACAAACACUUACUUUGAUCUAGAAGGUUUGAUUCAAGAUGUUGGAGAAGAUUACUUCUCUUCGUUUCCCAUAAGAUCUUCUUCUACUUCACAAGUCGAAGGUUUCAUCUUCAACAACAAGAACACCAACAUCGAUACAAAUGGUCAGAAUUCUUCCUAA